GGACUUGUUCCAACAAUCUGUUAAAACAUGGUGGAUUACUAUGAAGUUCUAGGUGUGCAGAGACAUGCCUCACCUGAGGAUAUUAAAAAGGCAUACCGUAAGUUGGCACUGAAGUGGCAUCCUGAUAAAAAUCCUGAAAACAAGGAAGAAGCAGAGAGAAAAUUCAAACAAGUAGCUGAGGCAUAUGAGGUAUUAUCAGAUGCUAAAAAACGGGACAUCUAUGACAAAUAUGGCAAAGAAGGAUUAAAUGGUGGAGGUGGAGGUGGAAGUCAUUUUGAUGGUCCAUUUGAGUUUGGCUUCACAUUCCGUAACCCAGAAGAUGUGUUCAGGGAAUUUUUUGGUGGAAGGGACCCAUUUUCAUUUGACUUCUUUGAAGACCCAUUUGAGGACUUUUUUGGGAGUCGCAGAGGCCCUCGUGGAAGCCGAAGCCGAGGCCCGGGAUCCUUUUUUUCUUCCUUCAGUGGGUUUCCCCCUUUUGGAGGUGGUUUUCCUUCUUUUGACACAGGAUUUACUUCGUUUGGUUCACUGGGUCAUGGAGGCCUUACUUCAUUCUCUUCAACAUCCUUUAGUGGUAGUGGGAUGGGCAGCUUCAAAUCUAUAUCAACUUCUACUAAAAUAGUUAAUGGCAGAAACAUCACUACAAAGAGAAUUGUUGAGAAUGGUCAAGAAAGAGUAGAAGUUGAAGAAGAUGGCGAGUUAAAGUCAUUAACAAUAAAUGGUGUGACAGACGCAGAUGCCUUUGCAGAAGAAUGCAGGCGAAGAGGACAGAAUGCCCUGCCCUCCCAGCCCACCAAUGUCCGCCCAUUGAAGUCUCACAGACCUGCUGCCUUUUCCAAACACGGAUCUCACUAUAUUUGUGAGGACGAUGAUGAGCAAGAUAGACCUCGGGUUACCAGCAGCUGGGAUCCCUCCGUUUUUUCAACAGGAUUCAAAGAAGGUGGCAAGAGGAAGAAGCAGAAGCAGAGAGAGGAGCAGAAGAAGAAGAAGUCGACCAAAGGGAAUCACUAG